AUGGCGGUGUUUUUGCGCAGGUGCUCGAACAGGGCUGCGGAGAAGUUUGUUUUCGGGAACUUGGCCACGUCUGCGCGCGGGACGUUGAUCACCAGCUGCGAAAGCGCAUUAUUUGUGGUUUUUAUGUUGGCGAACGCGAGCUCGAGCUCGCCGACCGCGGCGGAGUCCAGCUCCUCGAUCGUUGAGUCCAGAAUCUCUUUCAAAAACGCAUCGUCCAACCUCACGGGGCUGAUCAGACACCCCAGAUCGUUCACCAGGAAAUCCGUUGUCACAUGGUGCAGUUUCGGCAGCGACUUGGUCAUAAACAGCAUCACGCCCGGCUGGACCUCGAUGAACACAGACACCUGGAACGGCAGCACGUUGGGCAGCCUAUCCGACGACCUUCUGUUGCUGCUCGGUUGGUCAAAAUACCCCAACAGAAGGCGUUCUGCCCCGUCCGUCUCGCACACCCGUGCACCGCCCAGAUUACAGAAUAUUAGCCUAAUAAAGAUUGUGUUUUCUGUCGUAAUGGGUCCCAAAGCGCCCGCCUUGAACCACGUUGUGGAGAACCCGGAUACCAUCCGCAUGGGGGCUGCGACAGGCUCGGCUACGAUCCGUCCGCUGGCGUUUGGAGACGGGUCUGAAGAAUGUGUGCUCAUAAUUCUAAACCAGGAGAUCAGACUUCCGGUAGAAGAGUUCAACAAGCUGUGGCGCAGUUCCAGAUUGGUGGUGUGUGCGGACGGAGGAGCCAAUCGGUUGUUCAAGUAUGCUCAGAAACACGGUCUGGACCCGAAGGAACUGGUUCCGGACUAUAUAAUCGGAGAUCUGGACUCGAUCGACCCGGACGUUGCGGCAUACUACGUUUCGAACGGCACAAGGAUGAAGAAACAGGCGUCUCAGUAUUUCUGGGACCUGGACAAGUCUGUCACCCUGUGCUAUUUCGCUCUUUUCUGUCCGGACUUCAAUCUGGACGAUUACGACGAUCACGACGGUUUGAGUACCCAAAAGACAACCAUCAAGAACGACCUCGAACAGAACGUGUUGGUGUACUUGUUGGGGUCGAUUGGAGGUCGUUUUGACCAGACAUUGCAGACAACAGCGCAAUUGCUGAAAUAUCACACAACUAUACCCAAUUUCCGCUUUAUUAUGCGGAAUAACGAAUAUGACGAAUACAUUUUGUUUGUGCCAGCGGGACAGACGUUUGUUGCAUUGCCGCAGCGCGAGAAAACUCCCUCCGGUCGGCUGCAGAUCGUGGGGCUUUUGCCGCUGUACGGCCCGGUCAGAUUGUCCACCAAGGGACUCAAAUGGGACGUCACCGACUGGGAGUCUUCCAUGGCCGGCAGCAUCAGCUCCAGCAAUGCCCAGGUCGGAGACACCGGGUUCUUCAUCGACUCGUCCGGCCCGCUGCUGAUAAACAUUGAAAUUUGA